AUGGUAACUAAGCUGCAACGAAGAACAACAUUUCGCAGAAAGGUUCACCUUCUGCGAACUCUUUCCACCAACACCAUAUCUGUUAAAAGGAGUUCCAUCAUGUUAAAAGUUCUUCUCCAUUUUUACAAGCUUAAAGUCAAGUUGGAAGAAAUACAAAGAGAGUGCCAAAACCUUAUGGCUAUCAGAAAUGAAUACUUAACUCUAUUGAAGCAUAUACAAAUCCCAAAGGAAGUGAAGGUGGAGAAGAUCGGAGAAGAGUUUGUAGUUAAAGUGACUUGCAACAAAGAAGGGGACAAGUUGGUCUCAAUUCUAGAGGCGUUUGAAGAAUUGGGUCUUAAUGUUCAUCAAGCUACAGUUUCUUGCAGCCAUUUCUUUGCCAUGGAAGCCAUUGCUGUAGCUCGAGACCAACAAACUACUGAUAUCAAAGACAUUACACAAGCUGUUCUCAAGGCCAUUGAAAAGCAAGGAGGAGAGGGGAUGCUUGUAACAUAG